CACAGAAUAUUAGUGUUGAACUUUAAAAAGAGCAGAGAUGUCUGAUACUAUUUAUGAUAAUGUCAUCAGGACUGAGACUGAGGGAAUGAAGAGAGAGAGAGUGGAGAUAAUGGUGGAUAUCUAUGAGAGUGUAGAUCAUGUGAGAGAUCAUGACUUCAGGACAGAGACAAACACACACCAACCACUUCAGCACACAGGAAGUGAUUCAGUGAAGAUCAGAAGCUCCAGAGCAGCUGUAGUGUGUUUGGUGCUGCUGUGUGUUCUUCUGCUGACUGCAGUCAUAGUGCUGGGUGUCCACAUCCAUACAAACAGCACAAACUACACAGAAGAGACACACCAGCUACUAACCAAGAUUAACAACCUCACAGAAGAGAGAGACCAGCUACUGAUCACGAUCAAAGAUUACAAAACAGAGAAAUACCAGUUAGUGAUCCAGAACAACAGCCUGACAAUUGAAAAGAAAGAUUUAUUAUCCAAGCAUGAUGUUGUAAUGAAACAAAGAGAGCAGUUACAGCAGGAGAACAAUGACCUGCGGAAACGUCUUCAUGAAGUGGAUGUUUUUUACUAUCAGUCCAGUCUUUACUUCAUUUCCUAUGAGAGGAAGAGCUGGACUGAGAGCAGACAAGACUGUAAGGAUAGAGGAGCAGAUCUGAUCAUCAUAAACAACAGAGAGGAACAAGGUCUUGUUAAGCAAUUGUCUGUUGGCACUUUUGUCUGGAUUGGUCUGACUGACAGUGAUGUGGAGGGCAGAUGGAAAUGGGUUGAUGGCAGCAUACUGACCUCUGGCUUCUGGGGGUCUGGAGAGCCCAAUGGACACAGAGGAGAAAACUGUGUUGUGUCUUAUGCAUCAUGGUGGUAUGAUUAUCCAUUGGUGCAUUUAAAAAGAAAAAGCUCAAAAGCAGAAGUUCAGAGCAGUGCGGACCACAUGAAGCAUCAUUAUAGUGUUAAGAAAUAUUUAUCUUCAUAUCGGUCAUCUUCAGGAAGUUUCAGAGCAGCUGCAGUGUGUUUGGUGCUGCUGUGUGUUCUUUUGCUGGCUGCAGUCAUAGUGCUGGGUGUCCACAUCCAUACAAAGAACACAAACUAUACAGAAGAGAGAGUCCGGCUACUAACCAGGAAUACCAACCUCACAGAAGAGAGAGACCAGCUACUAACCACAAUCAAAGCUCUUAAAGACCAAUUAGCAAUCAAUAACCAAGACUUUACAGCUGAAAAGAAAGAAUUAUUAUCCAAAAAUGACAAUCUAAUGAAACAAAGUCAACAGUUAAAUCAAGAGAACAAUGACCUGCGGAAACGUCUUGAUCAAUCCUGUCUUUACUAUUUUUCUUCUGAGAAGAAGAGCUGGACUGAGAGCAGAAAAUACUGUAGAGAGAGAGGAGCAGAUCUGAUCAUCAUAAACAACAGAGAGGAACAAGAAUUUGUUAGGAAAUGGUUUGAUAAUAAUAGAGUCUGGAUUGGUCUAACUGACAGUGAUGAAGAGGGCACAUGGAAAUGGGUUGAUGGCAGCAUACUGACCUCUGGGUUCUGGAUGUUUGGUGAGCCCAGUGGACAUAGAAGAGAGAACUGCGCUCUAACAGUUGUAGGAGAAUGGGCUGAUCAUCCAUGUACAGAGGAAUAUAAUUGGGUGUGUGAGAAGAGAAAAACGUUAUUCUCUUACUCUUCAGUGAUUUGUUCAUCAGGGAUCCAAUUUUGUAUAGUCUCAUGCCGGCUGGUCGGGAUCUCAAGGUUCUGGAAUCAUGGAGAGCCCAAUGGAUAUGAAAAAGAGAACUGUGUUUUCACUCAUUUUUCAGGGUGGGUUGAUCAUUCAUUUCAUUAUGGACAUACAUCAAGUUCAAAGGGAUAG